CAACGUGUCAAUUUGAUUGUACGCGUUGCAAAGACAAUCGCCAACUCUAACUAGCUGGCAAUAAAAAUUUGUUUAGUUUCGAAGUCGAUUUGCGGUGAUUUAUUAAAAUAACUGAAAUUGUGAAUAUUUUCUAUUCUUAAACAACAUGCCGCCCGCUCCAAGUUCUACGUCGGUUGGAGCAGGAGGUCGGUCUCCCAGCAAGGCUACCUCAGCUCCUCGAUCUUCAAGUGGUGGUACUGUGAGACAACGUAAAUCAACUACAACAACAACAGCAGCUAGAAAUCGCAGUACAGGUGCUGGAUCAGGCGGAAUGUGGCGUUUCUAUACUGACGAUUCACCUGGGGUGAAAGUAGGCCCUGUACCAGUUUUAGUAAUGUCUCUUCUGUUUAUUGCCUCAGUGUUUAUGCUGCACAUUUGGGGAAAAUACACUAGGGCAUAAAAUAUUUCCAAUUCCUACAUAAGAAUUAAAAUUAUAGAAAUACAAUAUUGAUAAUGUAAGAGAAUGAAAGUUUAGUAUGUUAUGGUUACUGAUUUUACGUUGUAUGCAUAGGCAAAGCUAAACUCCUUGUAAAUACUAAGUUGUGACAUGUUAUAAAAAUGAUUAGUGGUUUACAUUAAUAAAAAAUCAGAACAUGUCAGACUGUGUACCUAGUAGAAGUUUAGCUUUACCUAUUUUAAUAAAUCAAUUUAAGUAAGUUAUUAUUUCUUGAAUAAAAUUAAGUUUUAUAAAUUC